GUUAUCGUUUUAUUCUAGGCUUUUGUUUCCGGAGUGGCCCGUUCUUUUUGUAAGGUGCAGGUGAAAUUCCGGUUUCCGUCCAGUUCCCAAAAUAAAUAUGUACUCCGUGCCAAAUCCAGGAAUACCAGGCUGUCCGCCGGGAUUAGAAUAUCUCACACAGGUGGACCAACUACUCAUCAAGCAGAAAGUUGAACUUGUGGAAGCACUUCUUGGUUUUGAAAGUAACAACAAAUAUGAAGUACGUAACAUCAUGGGCCAGAAUGUGUUCUAUGCCGUAGAGGAAAACGACUGUCUGAGUCGACAGUGUUGUGGGCCCAUGCGUUCUUUCACCAUCCACGUCCUGGACAAUUUCGGGCAAGAGAUCAUCACAAUCAACAGGCCGCUCAAGUGCAUGUCCUGCUUCUUCCCUUGCUCCCUACAAGAGCUGGAAGUGCAGGCCCCUCCCGGUAACACAGUGGGGUACGUUAUUCAACAGUGGCACCCGUUCUCCCCUAAAUUCAUCGUUGCAAAUGAACACAAAGAGCCUGUACUGAAGAUCCACGGACCCUUCUGCGGAUGGAGCUGCCUUCCAGAUGUUGACUUUGAGAUUCUGACAAUGGAUGAGAUCAGUAAGAUUGGGAAAAUCAGUAAGCAGUGGACAGGACUUCUUCGAGAAGCUUUCACAGAUGCAGACAACUUUGGUAUCCAGUUUCCCAUGGAUCUGGAUGUGAGAAUGAAGGCCGUAAUGAUUGGCGCAUGUUUUCUGAUUGAUUUUAUGUUCUUUGAGAGUGCCAACGACUAGAAGCCAAACUGGGUUUCCACAUCAGCACACAUAAUUCUUGGAAGAAGAAAUUUAAAAAAGCCAUGAUGAUUAGCC